GCCCAAGAAACUGGAAGACACAACUAGAUCGCACUCCAAGCACAGAAAGGAAGUUCAAGGCUCCCCCUUCAGUCCUGACAUCAACAUGCGUGCCUCUGUUUUGUUCGUCGCCCUCGCUCUGGUCUGCAGCGUUGCCGCCAUUCCCGAACCAGGCAGACCUGGCUAUGGAGGAGGAGUUGGAGGAGUGCGUCCAGUUGGAGGUGUGAGACCAGGUCUUGGUGGUGUUGGAGCAGGAGGGGUAGGAGUUCCUGGUAGUUUAGGUGGAGUAGGAGGAGUUCCUGUUGGUCUAGGAGGAGUAGGAGGAGUUCCUGUUGGUCUAGGAGGAGUAGGAGGAGCUCAUGGUGGCGUAGGAGUUGGGGGAGUUCAUGGUGGCGUGGGAGUUGCACCUGUAGUCAAGCCUGUGCACACUGGUGCAAUCGGCCACGGAAAAUAUGGCAAAUAGACAUCCUAAGUCCAGCAUUUCCAUCAUUACAAAGUCCAUCCAGUAUUAUGCAUUUGCUCUUGACUACUAACUAUCACGACUUCAAGAAUUUCUUGAAGGUUGUUUUGACAUAGAACCAAACACAUCUAUGAAGAUCUCAUCUCCAUCAUCAUAAAACAUUUUUUUUCUGCGUUGGAUUCAUCUGGAAACCUAACUUAAGGUUUCUUGGUCCACAGCCCAUCCUUCCAUAAUCUUCAAUUGACUUCCAACAAGGAAAAAGACAAAACAUAAAAAUGUCAGCCAAAAGUGUAAUGUUUUUAUAAUUGUUUUUGAAUUAUAAGCCCUAAUUGGGAAUAAUGUGAUAUGAAUUUUAAUGAAUAAAUAAUGUUUCCAUAACUUU